CAUAAUUAACUAGGUUCAUCCUUGAUUUGAACUAUGAUUUUCAUUGUGGACCCAAAAUUGUCUCCUGAUGGGAUGGACAUGCUAAAAGCAUCCUAAACAUGUGAAACAAGUUAGUAAUGAACACUUUUAAAAGCGUACGUGCUAGACAUGUGAAACAAAUUAGUGAUGAAAACACUUUUAGCUCUUUUUUUUUUUACUUUUUUUGUUUUUCACUGUUUCACACACUAUAAAUAACAUAGCGCACCACCUCUUCAACUCACGCAGCUAAAAAGCCUAUUCACCUUCUCCAAAUUAGGAAUAAAAUGUCAUCACCAUCUCAAGCUCAUACCUCAAAAACAAUUCCUAGUGAUGUGAAUCGACGUUCAGCUAAUUUUCCCCCCAACUUUUGGGGAGAUUAUUUUUUAUCAUAUGCGUCAGUGGAAAAAAAUAUUGAAGCUGAGAGACUUGUCCAAGAAUUAAAGGAAAAUGUGAAGAGAAUGAUAUUGGCUCCAACGCCUUGUAAGCAUUCAGAUAAGCUGGACUUGGUCGAUACGAUUCAGCGCUUAGGCGUCUCCUACCAUUUUGAGGAUGAGAUUGAUGAAGUUUUGCAGCAAAUUCGCAAGGAUUCUUAUGACGGUAGUCACCAACACCAAGGGAGUGAUGAUGAUCACAACCUUCAUGCAGCUGCUCUAUAUUUUCGAUUGCUUAGACAACAAGGUUAUGAUAUAUCAUGUGAAAUGUUCAACAAGUUCAAGGACGAUGAUGGCAAAUUUAAGGACUCACUUGUCAAUAAUGUCAUCGGACUAUUAAGCUUGUACGAAGCAACACAGCUAAGUGUACACGGUGAGGAUAUACUAGACGAGGCAUUAACCUUCACCACCACUCAUCUUAAGUCGGUAGAGAAUCGUCUGAGCUCCCCGCUUUCGAAACUCGUAACUCAUGCAUUGUACCAGCCGUUUUGGAAGGGCAACCCAAGGCUAGAAGCAAGGCGUUACUUGUCCAUUUACCAGGAAGACGAUUCACAUAAUGAAACUCUCUUAACUUUUGCAAAGUUGGAUUUCAAUCUCUUGCAGCAAGUCCAUCUGAAAGAACUGAGUGAAAUUUCAAGGUGGUCGAAGGACUUGGAUUUUGUAAGCAAACUACCUUUUUCAAGAGACAGAGUUGUUGAGAGCUACCUUUGGGGGUUAGGGUGCUGCUUUGAACCUCAAUAUGAAUUUGCUCGGAUGACAUUAAGCAAAGUAAUUGUCCUUAUUGUGGCUAUUGAUGACAUCUAUGAUGUCUAUGGCACAUUUGAAGAACUAGAGCUCUUUACUGAAGUUGUUGAAAGGUGGGAUAUAUCUGUCAUGGAUCGUCUGCAACAGUAUAUGAAAGUUUGCUAUCAGGCAAUGCUGGAUUUAUACACAGAAAUGGAAGAAAAGCUUCGAAAUGAGGGGAACUUAUAUCGCAUCUACUAUGCUAGAGAAGCAAUGAAAGUUCUAGUUAGAGGGUACCUGAGGGAAGCCAAAUGGUUCCAUCGCAAAUACACACCUACACUGGAUGAAUAUUUGUCAGCAGCACUUGACACAUCCUCCUUUUCCCUAGCAAUCACGUCUUUUAUUGGAAUGGGAGAUAUUGUUACAAAAGACUCAUUGGAUUGGGCUUUCAGUGACCCCAAGAUUUUAAAGGCUGCAUCCUUAAUUGGUAGACUCAAGAAUGACAUCAAGUCCCACCAGUUUGAGCAGAAGAGAGGACACGUUGCCUCGGCCGUGGAAUGCUACAUGAAACAAUAUGAUGUCACAGAAGAAGAAGCAACUCUUGAACUAAGUAAACAAGUGAAUAAUGCAUGGAAGGACAUAAACGAAGCGUUGCUCCACCAAACCACCCCAAUCCCCAUGCCUCUACUGUUGCGAAUUCUCAAUCUUACACGAGUGGUCGAAGUGUUAUACAAGCACGGUGACGCAUUUACUAAUGCUGGAACUUUUCUUAAGGAUAUUGUAGUUUCUCUGUUUGUCGAACCGGUGCAUCUAUAAAGUCUCUCCAGACCUGAAUACAACUAAAUGAACUGAGGUCAUGUUAUCCAAAGGCAUGAAGUAUAAAAUAAGGAGCCAGUGUCUUACUAUACUGGUCGAUAGUUUGAAUUCAUGUUUGAAUCAAGUAGUUUGAAUUGGGUGUUUAAAUUCCACUGUUUUGCUAUAUAAGUUUUUUUCCUUCACUUUUCAUGCAUUGCAUUCAGUGUGAUGGGGUGGUAAAUUUGUAAUGGUCAUCAGGGGAGCAAUAAAUGUACUC